AAUUAGUUAUUGGCAAUUAAAGUGGGUGUCGGUUUAUCAAUUUAGCCAUGGUUAGCUCUCCUACUUCCCAACCGCACGACUUUAAUAUAUCCGCCUAGAAUAGGCCCAAACCCAUCUCUGCUUUUCUUUUGUAAAUCCUCUGCUUAUUUUCGAUUCGAGAUCUCAUUCAAAUUCCUGCUUCUACUUAGCUUCUUUAAAUCUUGAGCUUGAAGGGUUUUGCUUUGUUUAUCAUUUGGUCAAUUUGGUCUCUCUCAUUUGAUCUCCGAAAUGAAGGUCUCUGUAGUUUCGCGAAGUGGCAGAGAGCUCAUUAAAGGAGGACUUGAGCUUAAUGAUUCGGCUACAGUGGCUGAUCUGCAGGAGGCAAUUCAUAAGCGAACCAAAAAAUUCUACCCUUCAAGACAGCGGCUGACUCUUCCUCUUCCACCGGGAUCAAAGGAGAGGCCUGUAGUCCUUAAUUACAAGAAGAGUCUCAAGGAUUAUUGUGAUGGGAAUUCAUUAACUGUAGUUUUAAAGGACCUGGGUCCACAAGUUUCCUAUCGCACCCUUUUUUUCUGGGAGUACUUGGGUCCUUUGGUCCUUUAUCCUGUCUUUUACUUCUUUCCUGUUUACCAGUACUUUGGCUACAAGGGGGAACGCGUGAUCCAACCAGUUCAGACAUAUGCUUUAUUGUAUUGGUGCUUCCACUACUUCAAACGCAUCAUGGAAACAUUUUUUGUGCACCGAUUUAGCCAUGCAACUUCACCACUGUCCAAUGUGUUCCGAAAUUGUGCUUAUUACUGGACAUUUGGUUGCUAUAUUGCUUACUAUGUGAACCACCCACUUUACACUCCUGUUAGCGAUCUUCAAUGGAAGAUUGGAUUUGGGUUUGGUUUGAUUUGUCAAGUUGCAAACUUUUAUUGCCACAUCUUGCUAAAAAAUCUUCGCAGUCCAGAUGGGGGUGGAGGGUAUCAAAUCCCACGUGGAUUUCUCUUUGAUAUUGUGACCUGUGCAAAUUACACAACAGAGAUCUAUCAGUGGUUGGGUUUCAAUAUUGCAACACAGACUGUUGCAGGCUACAUCUUUCUUGUGGUUGCUGCUAUGAUCAUGACCAAUUGGGCCCUUGCAAAGCACCGCCGAUUGAAGAAGCUAUUUGAUGGGAAGGAUGGAAGACCUAAAUAUCCACGCCGAUGGGUUAUACUGCCCCCAUUUCUAUAGAAAUGAUAAGCUAUUCCACCAAUUAUCUAAUGCGUCGGUACUUGUUUUUCACAACACCAAGAAUUCCAUAUUGUGGUUCAUCCUUCUCAGAUGUGAAUUUGGAGGUCAUACUUUCACCAAAUUGCUUGAAAGAUGUUAGUCUCUUUUAUUUAGACUGGAAAUUACUGGAAACUAGAGCGCAAUCUUGUCAAACAUUUGCUUUUAGUAAAUCUUUCUUCAAUCUGUUAAAUUAUUGGGGGAGUUCUAUGAAUCUUGUCAGUUUUAACUAAUUAGUUGAAUUGCAACUCCUUGAUGAUCCUUGUUA